GUCCUUCCUGGAAUUUUAGCUGCCUUAUUUAAAGUCUUAGCUACCCCGUAGCUUUGACUUUUCACGAACCAUGGCAGACCAAGCAUUUGUGACGUUGGCCACAAAUGAUAACUAUGCAAGGGGGGCAAUGGUGCUCGGCAAAUCACUACGGAGCCACAAGACGUCCAGGAAGCUGGUGGCACUGAUUGGUCCUCAUGUGUCAGACCCUGCCAGGAAAGUGCUUCACAAGAUCUUUGACGAAGUCAGGCUCGUGGACGUGCUGGACAGUGGGGACACCGCACACCUGGCCAUGCUGAAGAGGCCAGACCUUGGCGUCACCUUCACCAAGCUCCACUGCUGGACGCUGACGCACUACUCUAAAUGUGUCUUCAUGGAUGCGGACACGAUGGUGGUGUCAAACGUGGACGAGUUGUUUGACAGGGACGAGCUGUCUGCUGCCCCGGACCCCGGCUGGCCAGACUGCUUCAACUCCGGCGUGUUUGUGUUCCGUCCUUCCAAGGACACCUACGAGAAACUCCUCAAGUUCUGUACAGAGCACGGCAGCUUUGAUGGUGGGGACCAGGGAGUUUUAAACAGCUUUUUCAGCAACUGGGCAACAGCAGACAUAUCGAAACACCUCCCCUUCAUUUACAACCUCAGCAGCAUAGCUAUCUACACUUAUCUUCCGGCAUUCAAGCAGUACGGAGGCAACGCCAAGGUGGUCCACUUCCUGGGGAAAACCAAGCCGUGGGGCUACACGUACGACACCAAAGCGAGGCGCGUCCGGGGGGACAUCCACGAGUCGUCCUCGCACCCCACCUUCCUGCUGAGGUGGUGGGAGCUGUACUCCCAGACCGUGCUGCCCUUGCUGUUCGAGGCUUACGGAGACCAGCCCUUCCACUCCGGAUGCGUUGAAGGUGAAAACGGCGAUGGAAUGUCACUUUCCCAUCAUGCAAUGCCCAUGAUCUCCUCAGAAGAGCGGAAACUGAGGUGGGAGCAGGGCCAAGCAGACUACAUGGGAAUGGACUCUUUUGAGAAUAUACAGAAAAAGCUUGACUCUUUCCUCAAAUAAAGAGAGUUAAAACACAUCUAAGGUAACACAUGCAGUUAUACAGAUGGAUUCCAAAAGGGUGUGCAAGCAGCACAUACUGAAACACGGUCAAUAUGGAGUCUGUGACAGUAGCGUUCAAACAGAGAUCUUAAGGAUGGCAAGCCACAUUGUGAAUUGUCCCUUACCCUCCCCCAUUUCCUGUGUCAGAUCCCCUAAGACAGCUUGGAAUUGGUGCUGCUUCUUAGAUGUAGCAGUUUAUUCCGCUAAUGUAGUGCUGUAAACAUGGACAGUACAUUAAAAAAUCUAUCUCACUACAUCUUUCAUAACUUUUCUGACAAAGACUGCCACACAUUGUGAAGCAAGAGUUUUCACCUCCUAGAUGGGUAAUUUGUAUGUUUUUUUUUUUUAACCCUGUUGUUCACUAGGAGGUACUGUGGAAUUAAGCCAGGACUGCAAGGAGAAUCAGCCAAUUCAACUAUUUGACUGCCAUCGGAGCCAUGUCUUUUUACAUGGCCAGAGUAGUGCCAAAAUGGAAAUCUAGUCAGGGUGUAACUUGACAAAAUUUGGGAUGCAAUUAAAUUUCCCUUUGUAGAAAAAGACUGUGGCAACAUUACAUGCAAAUUGCCUCUAGGAAAUGCACACUCUAGGAUUUCUUUGUAUAUAUUAUGCAUGUUAGUCUGUUACCACAGAUGAAGCCUGUUACUCUUAAAAGAAAAAAAAAAAAACUUUUGUAAUGGUGUUUCAUGUUACUGCCUGUUUUCUCUAGUCUUUCAUACCCCCAGGGACAAAAAAUACUGCUGCCUUAGUCCCAUUUAUUGUUUACAAGACACACAGUGUGCUGCUACAACACCCUGAAUGCCUAAAAGCCUGAAUUUCACAUAUACUAUAGGAUGGUGAACUCGUCUUCCACACAGCACUGAGUGACACUGACCCAAGUGGAUGUUCCACUGUUCCACUCCUCUUUCUGACAGUGGCAGGCCGGUCACACCCAGGAAAUUCAGGUGUAAAAGUGGUAAAAUAAUUCUGCUGGUUUCCUCUAGGUCACAGCCUGUGCCAAUGCACUCGACUUGCUGUUUUUCUCUUGUUUUUUUUUUUUUUUCUAGCUCUCUGUGGGAUUACUGUAUGCAAUGGCGCCGGUCCUUCUGCCCUUUUUACCUGCAAUUAAAAACUAGUGACAUUCUA